ACGACAUUGAGUACAUUACAAAUCCAUUGACGAUACUUCAAAGAACCAUCAAGCCAACCACCUCUCCAUUCUUCUACUACUACUACUCCCCUUCCUCCACAUGAGUUCCAUCGAAUCUCAGCAAUACCUCAAGGCCAUCCUCCGGGACAAGACAGACAGCAGCAGCAAGGCAAGCAGCAACAAGAACAACAACAACAACAACAACACGAUGUCGGGCUCCUUCUACGAAUCAGCUUUUGUGAUCCCUCACAUGCAGGCUUCUGCCAUGCCUCGCAGGCCUCGCCAGCCUGCUCCGGCACCGCGAGCAACUGUCGGCGCCAUGUCCUCGGAGUCAACGCUUGUCGACAAGGACGGCGCUCCUGUGAUGUCCAAGGAGAAGAACGAAGCCAACGGUGACAUCUCUGGUAAGUUGUCUCACUUAUUGUAGUCUAUCCAUUAGUUCGCGGCUGGGACCUGGAUUGCUAACUUGAGUUUCUACAGGUUCAUCAUCAUCAUCGAGCAAGAAUCUACUCAAGCGUCUUUUGAAGAAGGCUUGAUUGUUUUUGCAGAUACAAAAGACUAAAU